AUGGGCAAGUCCAUUUGGCAAGAGAAUCCUGCACAGGAUGCCGACGUCUUCACAAUUGACACCAAAUUGGAAACUUUGUCCAAUGCGUGGAAAGAGUUCGUGAAGUCUGGCGACGAAUUGGCCAAAUACGACAAACUAGAGGGUUAUGUGGACCCUACCGAAGACUUCGGGAUAUACGAGGAGAAAUAUGAAAUAGCAAAUGCCCGCCUUAAGGCUUUACGAGCUGCCUUGGCUCCGUCUGGCAAGUUGGAAGAAAUCGGCGCGGCUGGCUCACAGCCGGUUGCAACACCGGCAACAAGAGAUUGUGAAUUACCAAAAAUCAACAUUAAGCCCUUCGGUGGUGAUUACAAGGAAUGGCAUGCCUUUAAAGACCUGUUUGAGAGUACCAUUCACGGAAAGACAACCUUGACGAAUAUCCAAAAGUUUCAUCACCUGAAGUCAUGCGUCAUAGGAGAAGCAGCGAUACUCAUCCAGCAUCUGCCCGUAGUGGAUGCAAAUUACGUCACUGCAUGGAAAUCAUUGAGUGAUCGAUAUGAAAAGCCCCGUUACUUGGCCAUUCUACACAGCGAAAUAGCUCAGAGCAACACCAAGGCAACUCAGGCCAGGCUUCUGAGGAGUCACCAGCGGCAUCAGCGAUAG